AUGAUUAUUAAAAUGGGUAAUAUUGAAGUCUUCUUUCCGAAGAACAACAUAUACCAAGAGCAAAUGCAGUACAUUAAGGAGCUAUACGAAGUGGUCCAGGACAAAGGACACUGCUUAAUAGAAAUGCCAACAGGCACAGGAAAAACAAUUGUUCUCUUAAGCUUUCUAAUGAGCUACCAAAUACAUCUUAUGACGAAAGAAGAAGGCCACGAAAAGAUCCGAGAGAAAGGAUUCAAAAGAAGAGAAGGUGUUUUUAAAAUAAUAUACUGCACCCGAACAACUGCAGAGAUAGAGAAGGUGCUGGAGGAGUUAAAAGAGCUAUAUGAUUACAUUAAAACGUACAUUCCAGAUUUAGAUUACACAGGACUGGGACUGGCAGCACGAAGAACACUCUGCCUGAAUCCAGACAUCAACGCAGACCCUUCCCUUGUCAAUAAGAGAUGCCGACAAGAAAAGGAAGAUUGCACAUUCUAUAAAGAGUAUCUGAAGAUGACAGAGAAUAUUCCAAGCGGCAUCCACACUCUAGACGGUCUAAAAGAAAUUGGAACCCAGACAAACCGGUGCGCUUACUACACAGCAAGAUCGUCCAUAUUUUUGGCGGAUUGCGUGGUGUACACGUACAAUUAUAUGAUUGACCCGCGUAUUAGCGAGCUUGUGAGCAGUGGAUUUGGGAGCAACUGCGUAGUUGUCUUUGACGAGGCACACAAUAUAGAUAGUGUUUGUGUUGAGGUGUUGACAGUGCAUAUUAAUAGAACAUGCUUAGACAAGGCAUGGAAAAGCCUGUGCACGAUUUCAGACUACAUGGUCAGCAGAAAUAUAAGCCUGAACCGAAAUGAAAGAGAGCGGUCAAUGUACAAUAGAGGAAAGGGAAUUAAAAGCGACUAUGCAUCGCUUCUUGAGGGACACAAAUCCAGCAGAAAAUUUACCUCGCUUGUUCCAGGGACACUUCGAAGCAUUAGCGGGUUUAUCUCGGCUACGAAGCGAAUCAUUGAGUUCUUUAAAACCAAGCUGAAGAAUGUAAACCUCACCACUGAAACGACAGAGGUCUUUGUAAAAACACUUGAGACCACUGUCUUUAUUGACUUUUCGUCGCUGAUCCAUCUCUCGCGAAGGCUGCGCGAAAUAAUGGGGGAGCUGGAAAUGCAUGGGUUUACAGAUGACUACUCCGAGCUAUCGCGAGUGUGCGACUUCUGCUCACUGAGCGGGCAGUUUAAGAAAGGAUUUUCUGUUAUUUUUGAGCCCUUCAACUCGUACUCAAUUUACGAGCCUGUGCUGCACCUUUCGUGCCUAGACUCAUCAAUUGCCAUGAAGCGUGUUUUUUCUGGAUACAAUAAUGUAAUUAUCACAAGCGGAACACUCAGCCCAAUAUCGAUAUACCCAAGGCUGCUGGACUUUACUCCUGUUAAGUCUGUUGAAAUUGAUGUUUCGUCAAAAAGAGGACUGCAUGCACUGAUUGUCACAAAAGGAAGUGACCAAAUGACGCUGGCCAUGGACGGCUCCAAUGCAAUCUCAAGCACAUUUUCUUUGCGCGCAGAGCCAGCAGUUGUGCGUAACUAUGGAAAUCUUCUUCUUGAGAUGGCCAUGUCUGUUCCUGAUGGAAUGGUUUGCUUUUUCCCUUCAUAUAGAUACAUGGAAGAGGCUGUGGCAGCCUGGACCGAAAGUGGAAUAAUAAAGAAAAUAAUGGAAUGCAAGCUUAUCUUUGUGGAGUCGUUUGACCAUGCAGAGACAGAAAGAGCGCUGGAGGGAUAUAAAAGAGCAUGCGAAACCGGAAGAGGGGGGCUUAUGCUCAGCGUGGCAAGAGGAAAGGUCUCUGAGGGUGUGGACUUCUCUGGAUGCUAUGGGCGGGCAGUUCUUAUUUUUGGCGUGCCCUUUCAGUACACUGAAAGCCCAAGACUCAAAAAGCGCUUGGAGUUUCUUGCAGAGGAGUUUGGAAUUAGAGAGUCAGAAUUUCUUUCCUUUGACGCGAUGCGCCAAACAGCACAGUGCAUUGGAAGGGUGCUCCGAACAAGCACAGACUAUGGGCUAGCUGUUUUGGCUGAUAGACGGUUCAAUGUGUCCGAGAAAAAAACACAAUUGCCAAGAUGGGUUCAGAGGCAUUUAGAAGAAACAAGUGUAAAUUUAAGUAUUGACAUGUGUGUUGCGCAGGGAAGGCAAUUUUUUAGAAGAGCACCAAGUGCAAAGUAUUAUAAUUAG